GAUAUCGAGCCAGAGUUUGUCAACGAUAUCGAGUCCGACAGCUCACAACAAGCCUACACUCGGGGAGGCUCCGCCGAGGACAAGAGGCUUGUCUGGAAACAAGACCUGAGAAUCCUACCCAUCUCUUGCGGCAUAUACCUUUUGUGCUAUCUUGACCGGUCCAACAUUGGUAACGCUAAGGUCUUGAAUGCUUCGACUCACAAUGACUUGCUUUCUGAGACCCACAUGACGGCCUACCAAUAUACGAUCGCCUUGAUGGUGUUCCUUAUCGCCUAUAUGGUCUUUGAAGUACCGUCCAACUACUUUCUCAAACGCCUCAGUCCAAGCAAAUGGAUUGCUUUCUUGAUGUUGUCUUGGUCAGUCAUGACCAUGGGCUUGGGCGGCGUCCACAACUACGCAGGAGUAACAGCUCUAAGAUUCCUGCUUGGAGUUUUCGAGGCCGGUCUGUUCCCUGGACUCGUGUACUACCUUAACGAACGUAGUAUCCGAGUUGCCUUCAUUCUAGCAUCGGCGACCUUGGCAGGAGCCUUCGGAGGAGCCAUCGCGUACGGUGUUGGACACAUGAAUGGAACUGGCGGUCUUUCAGCCUUCCGGUGGCUGUUCAUUCUCGAAGGUCUACCGUCUCUACUGUCAGCACCCCUAGUGUGGUUCUUCCUGCCCGACUAUCCCGAGACCGUGAAAUGGCUUUCACCAGAAGAGAAAGCCCUGGCAGCAGAGAGGCUGAGAUUUGAAGGCUCGCAUGGUAACAGCAAGAGUAUGACUUGGGAAGACGCCAAAGCCACUCUGACCGACUGGAGACUUUACGCCCAUUAUGCCAUCUACUUCGGUAUUUCAACGCCUUUCUCGAGUCUGUCACUUUUCACCCCUACCAUCACUGCUGGUCUAGGCUUCAAGGACCUGACUGCACAGCUCAUGACCGUGCCGCCUUAUGCAGUUGCAUAUGUAGUGACACUUUUANNACGCGCUUUGCACUCAGCCAUUUUUGCAUCGGUGGGAGCAAUCGGGUUCCUAGCCUCAGCUGUGCUCCCGCCUGAUUCAUACAAUGCUCGCUAUGGUUGUUUGAUUGUCGCUGCCGCAGGCUCUUUCUCNUGCAUCCCGCCUUUGUUGGGCUGGCUUUCUUCCAAUCUGCAUAGUACAGCUGCAGCUGGUUUAGCCAUUGCCUUGAAUAUCUCCUUUGGAGCACCUGGCCAGAUCACCGGAGUCUGGAUCUACAAGGCUGACGAGAAGAAAAAGGGAUAUCCGACGGGACAUUGGGUCAAUGCUGGUUUGUUAUUCUUUGUGGCUGCAGGUUGCAUCUCUCUGUUGUUCUUCUAUAAGUUCAAGAACAGAAUGUUGAGAAGAGAAGGAACGGAAAGACUGUUCAGAUAUUGA